AGAGGCAAGCGGGUCAUCCCCGACGUUGCCCCAACGACAAAAUCAUCCAACCGUAUCAAUGAUGGACAUUGAUUGAAAGUCUGCAAUUGCUUCCAAUCCAAGGCAAAGCACAAAGCACAUGAUAGACCGCGUUCAUCAUUUUGGCUUGGAGGACACACAGUACCAAAAAGGGCCGGUGACAGAUGAAAUGUUCAAAGAAAUUCAAACGCUGUUGCACGGCCUUAUUGGGAAAUAUUACGACGGGAAAGGCAAGACAAAAUGGAGAAUACUUACUGAAGAUCACUUUCCCAGCUGGUCACCCUGCAUCAUCCAAGAUAAAUGCUGGUACCUCACUAAGGUUAAGGCCGACUCCAAGGGUAGUGACUGGUCCAAAGAUGAAACAGAGAGACUUCAGUUCGCAGUUGAGAAAUACCUCGACAAUCCUUGUUGCGGACGGGCGUUGAUACUCCUUAUUCAGUAACAGCAUUCGUCUUCAUGGUGGCGCCGCACGAGUCGGGCGGGGUCUAUCCAGUGAGAGAUUCCGUAGACUGAAAUGACGUAACCAAGACUGACAGAUGAC